AUGGAUGUGCAGCAGGCAUACGCGUUAUUUAACAGUAGUGCAUUUAAUCAUGCUGAUUGGCGUUUGCCGGAUUUUGAUGACUUGUACGGAAAUUACUACUAUGGAGAAUACAACAAUCUGCCGGUAGUUCCUACCGCUGCUAAAAUCGUACUUACAGUCAUAUUCGUACUCAUAUUUUUGGUGUGUGGCUUUGGAAACAGCCUUCUUUGCUUCACGAUCUUUCGCCUGAAACGACUACGCACGGUGACCAAUCUGUUUAUUGCUAGCCUAGCUGUGUCCGACGCACUGGUAGCCAUCAUCUGUGCACCGUUGACCCUGUAUUACUACCUUGAACAGAACUGGAUAUUUGGAUCUAUAUUGUGCACCAUUGUUGGCACGGUAAAAGUUGUUUCUCUCAAUGUCUCUGUCAACACGUUGUUGGUAAUAGCGAUGGAAAGAUAUUACGUCAUUUACCACCCACUAACCCCGAGACUGCAGAAGUGUGCUGUUGUUAUCAUCAUAGUUUCUAUAUGGGUGGUCUCGUUAUUGGUGUCUCUACCAACCCCGUUAUAUACAGUGGUAUCAUCUGGAUUUGACAUAAACGGCAACCUAUUACAGUACUGUGGCGAGUUUUGGGAACAUUUACACUCGGCGCAGGCAUAUAUUGUGUUUCUCUGUGUUUUCGAGUACCUUAUUCCGAUGACAAUCAUGACCAUGGCAUACGUGAGCAUCGUGCGUAAAGUGUGGUUCCGCCAUGCUCCUGGCGAAAGUGUUGCUCUGCGAACGCGACAGCAACAGCGUGAUUUCAGAUUUAAUAACAAUAAGAAGAAGACCAUUCGAAUGCUGAUAACGGUGGUGAUCUCAUUUGGAAUUUGCUGGGGUCCUUACCACGCUUACAACGUCACUAUCAAUUUUUACCAAGACGUUCUAUUUUUCAAAAAGAACAACAUGACGCUUUUCUACAUAGUGGAAGUCAUUGCCAUGUCCAACUGUAUAUUGAAUACGAUUGUGUACUUUCUGAUGAAUGAGACUUAUCGAAAAGAGACGAUGAUUUUAAUUGCUUAUAUACCUGGCUUUAAACGAUUCGUUAAUGGGGCUAAUAUUAUGACAAUGAACACAGCACAGAGUACGUUCACAAUUCGUCCGAGGAUGUAG